AUAAUUUAUAUGAUAUUAUUACUCCAACGAUUAACAAAAGAAGUCGUACUUAUAUAUUUUCUCAACAAUCUUAUCGUGGUUCGAUCCUCGAUCCCAACACGCUGCACACGGCGAGAUUUCACCAGUGUGCUGGGUAGGCGGUAAUGGUGGCUAACGCGUCCAUGGAUACCCCUGACGAGACUUGUAGGUCAAGCACCCUGACUGAAGUAAGUGUAGUCAAUGUAGGUCUACAUGCCGUUAUACAGAUGGUACACUCCAGGAAAAUGUACAGACGGAUAAUGUAAUACCAUGGGCUUUCUCUAAUAAUAAGAUUUCAAGAUGGCGUCUGGCGGUUUGAUAACACAGAGAAUGGAUAACACGCUUUCUGUCCAGGAGCACCUAAAGGUUCAUGGUACCGGGAUCACCCCUCGACCAGAAUCAAGAGCAGGUGAUAAUGGAAGUGCAAGUAGUGUUGACGUCACUUCCGCUUCCUCGUCAAGGCCUUCGUCUGCUUCCCUGGAAAUGGCGCCAGGUGAGGCGUUCAGCGUGUUGCAGAGUGUUAUUACCAUGAACAAGGCACUUGAAGGACAAAUCGAUGCCUUAAGGCUAAGGUUGGAUGUUGAGGCCAAGCACCAUGCCUCCGAAAACGAAAGAAUAGUUAAAGAAAAGACUCGAGAAGUUGAACAGAAGGAGGAGGAAAUAGGUGAAUUAAAAGACUCAUUGGUCAACAGAGAUGACAGGAUAAACGUGUUGGUCAAAUGCACUGGUGAGAAAGAUAGGAUAAUAAAGGAAAAAUCACUUGAAUUGAAUGACCUCAAGAAACUUGUGAAACAAACUGAGGAGUAUGCUGGGAAGCUGUUCAAACAGGUCAGUAGGCUGCGUGACGACAAACGACACCUAGAAUCAGACACUUUGUAUAAAGAACAAAAUAACGAGAUACAGACGUUACGCGAGGAGCUGAAAGAGCUGAAGAACAAGUGUGCCAUAAUGGAGAAAGAACUAGAACGGGCCAAAACCAUCAUCACUCAGCAGAAUAUGAAACUCGCACAGUUUGAAAUGGAAAGGAACGAGAUGGCGAGGAACUUCAAGGAGGAGCUGGACAAGGCGUCAAGGGCCAUGAGACAGGAGGUAGAGAGGAUGAGGGAGGUCAUGAAUCAAAACUAUGAGGAGAUGAGGAACUUACGGGAGCAGAACAGAGAAAUGCAUAGUGACGUGAAGGAUAUCAAGGACCUCAUCAUGAAGGGGAAGACGCCGAGGGAGGACGUGGAGGAGGAAGCUGCUCCAUCUAAGCCAACCAGCAACAUCAACAUGAGUACCUAUAUCUUAGCUCCUAAAUCUAAGAGUCCCAAUCCUCCAAGAAGAACUCUGGAUCAUCUUAAUCAAAACAUUUCCAGACCACAGGGAGGCCCUAGUCCGUUAAUCCGGUCCAACAGUAGAGCCGCUGUGUCCUCCAGAACAUCCCCCAUCCGGGCCUCACAGAGUGGAGUGGGCAGGUCCUCCAGGUCGGUAACCAGCAGCAGUGCUAGUCAAGCUGAACUUCCGCCUAUACGUUACGGUGUAAAGGAGACCACGAGAUGGCAAUCUGCGGCCAUUCCAGAAGGAAAGACUAACCAAAGAUUUGGGGCAAAAUCAGCUAAGAGGGGUUCUGUGGUGACAAAGAAAUGAUCUCAGUAGAAAGAAGUUUAGAAUAAGGCUGUGUUGCUGGCUAUGAAAAUGUGUUGUUGGGAAAGUUGUGUGAUACGCUUUACACACUGAAUGCCAGACAUAUAUGGUGCAGAAAGUCGGAUCCAAAUAUAUAUACCUGAUCACAAUGUUACCUGCAUGGGUAAGAUGUGUCACGAAUCAUGAAUGUGUGUUUCAUUUCAUCGGAUAAUGUGUCACAAGACCGGUGCCCAACGUCAACAUUCUUGACUGAAACGUUUGAGUACGUCAGCUACAUCUUGUUAUCUGGGGAUUUUGAAUGUUGAUGGUUAAGCAACAUUUUGGAAGGCGUUGUAUUAAUAUUAAUGAAAGAAGUUGCUCUCGGGAGUUCUUGAAAGGCAUUAGGAUCUAUCCCAGUGCGGUACAUUCGUCAGCGAGGUAUUGUUCAAGACAUCACCUUCAUAGGUAAACUUAAGACAAUAAUAUUUGGUCUACAGAUGGAUAAUGCGUGCCUUAGUGACCUGUUUUAUUUCAAGUGACACUGUCGGGUUGGCCACUUGCUGAUGUGUUGAAAGUUUUACCAUUACCCCGCUGUUCGGGAUACUAAUGACAUCAGGUCUGCACUUGCCGUGGGAGCGUAGACUUCGUCUUCUGUGAUAAUAUGUAGCAUACCACGAGCCUACAAAGAAAUAACCCCUUGCCUUCCUGAUUUUGUUUAUUCCGGGUGUCAAGUGCUGUUGCUGUGGUGACCAUAGAUGAAAUGUGUGAAAGCUGGGUACUUAACUGCUUGUGUUAUGUUAGCAUUGUACACGGACACACUGGAACCCCGCUAGACGGGAACCUGUUAAUCCGAAAACUCCGUUUCCCGGACAAAUAGUUGAGAAACGUCCACAUACCUGGAUUAUCAUUUACAUAUGCGUGUACAUCGUUAGAUCUAUUAGUAAUGAUUGAACUGACAACUACAAAAGACAAAAGACGACUGCACGUGUUCAUGCAGUUUUCGACAGCAUGUGACUGCUAUUUGACAAUUUCGUCUUUGCCAAGACGGCAACGACCACACAUAAUCGGAGACGUGAUCAUGAUCAGUUGUAAACACAUCAUCUGCUGUACCCAUUGUACAUUGUAUAGGGUUUCACGUGUUGUGUUAUUGAAACUUGAAAGGAAACUCGUGUAUAUAAUGAAGGGAUUUACACCCAGCUUCUCAAAGUAUGUGACAAAGCGGGUUGGAGAACGGUGCCAACAGUAACACACGGAUCUCACCACUAUACGUUCUCUCACUCCGCGUAUUCUGGUAGACAUCUCGUGUUCUAUGUGUGGAGGCAUUACGAUGGUCUGUGAUAUAUAUUCAUGUGAUAAAAAUAAUUAUCUUCUAUGCACAACUAUUUAAACAAUCUUUGCUACUUCGUCUAGACGUUGCAUAAUUACCGUUUCUGGCAAAUUAAUGUGCUGGUAUUGGAGUAUAUCCUGAUGUCCCGCCUACUCUGCCUAUAUUUUAUGCAAUGUGUGAUGACUCAUUGCUGUGACAUCCGCACAUGCUAGAGCCUGAUAGACGGACGCAUGUGUGUUCAGGUCACCAGUCACAUGACCUUCGAUGAUACAGAGACAGCGAUAACAAACUGCUUCAUGAUCUGCACUAAACAAUCGAAAGGAAUGUUGGAACAUAGCAGCUGGGUUUUAUACUCCUCAGGGAGCUGAGAAUGAAAACCGAGUGCACACUGAUUCAUUGUGGAUUUGGAGCGUUUUAAAUAUUUAAAUAUUUUAAACAUUAUUGCUAUUCAUUUUGAAAGUUAUCAAUUUAAUAUUAAAUCUGAGGAAUUAAAAUGGAAUACAUGGAAAGUGUACAUAACCUCAGUUGAACCUUCACCGAUCGUUUAUUAGUUUACUGUACUAACCAAUAGAAGUUAAAGAAAAGGAAUACCAUAUUUCUUUAUUAUGAGUGUAACUGAUCUACAUGGCCAUUAUGAUGGGUGUUCUUAACUUCCUUUGAGUUGUAUGUUCUUGUAUCAUUUUGUCUACCAGUGUCAGUGGCAUCUAGACAUGUAUUAAAAGAGAUCAAUGCGGCAUGUUUGGAUAUACUGCACAUCAUUAGAUAGGAAUUGAGUUCAUGGAUGGACUGAAUGAUAAGACUCUUUGUCACACACAAAGUAGUAAUCGACAUUUUCCUGAACUUGGCAUUUCGUGUCAACAAUGCUUGCAUGUCAAUUAAUUGGCACAGAAAAUCUGAUCUCGAUCUCCUUAUGUAAAGUUGAGCAGUAUACCCCCACACACACCCCUCCCCCCCCCCGUGGAAAUGUGUUAUAUAUGUGUUAUUAUAGUGCUUAACGUAAUUCUAGGUGCAGAUGUCCUUUGUUAACAUGUUUGUGUCAAUGUUGUUUCGAUUCGUCUCACGCUCUGGUGAGGAAAAAGAUUAGUGUUGUUUAUCAAUAAUCACCGGUUCCGAAUCGUGACCAUCAAUACAUGGACUUUUUUUAGUCUGUGGCCUGUCAGAUAAUACCGGUGCUCGUUGCAGUCACAUAUUUGCUAUAAUCAUCAAACAAGUUUCCAUUUAUAUGUAUAAAUAUAAAAUCAAAAG